AUGCUCUGCGUGUGCUCCGAGUGGAGAAAAGUGGUGACGGAGGCCAAGACGUCGCUCCCAGAGUGGCGGUCGACGGUGUUGGGCCCGGCGGCCAGUGGCGCCGAGAGUCUGGAGCUGCUGCGGGCCAACCACUUGAACUGGGCGGACACCCGCUUCGCGCCCGACUUGGUGCUGCUCUCGGCUGCUAGUAAGGACUGCAGUCCGUGGUAUAGUGGUGGUUACUGGGAGGAGGCCAUUGCAGCGAUGGAGGAAGCUAAGUUGCUGCCUCCGAGGUGUAAAGUCGUCGGACUGUUCACUAUGAACGCAGUGUUAGGAGGACGAGAACCUGAAGAAGAGGUGGAGCUAGAGGAGAAUACCGACUCUAGUGCCGUGACCUUGUCGGUGUCUAUUGCUCACUUGCCGGAGACCACGUUGGAGAUGGCGGAGUUCGACAGGAAGGACCUGAGACGGUCUCACCACGGGGGGAUUGAGCUGGAGAACCCCUUCACUGCUCUGGGAGAGCAAGACACGCCCUCGUUUUUGAUGUUCGGAGGGAACGACCGCAGCGCGCGUCACCUUCUACCAGCGAUCAAGGAAUGGCACCCUGGAGCUGCGGUUGUCGGCGCCGUGUCGCCUCUCGUAGACAGGUGCGCUCCUCUCGCUGCGUACAGUGGUGGGCAGCAGGCAACAAGCCGGCCGCGUCCACGGGGUCAGGUACUGUUCUCGUCGACGUUGCUGCUUCGACUGCACGGCAAAGUCGGCGUGAAGGCGUUCUCCUCGAGUGGAUACCACCCGAUUACUCCAGUUCUCCGAUGCGAGCGUGCCAGCGCCUUGGACAAUUCCAGCCAGAUAAUGAUGUACGACCUCGUAUCAACGCUCGCUUCGGAAGAAGUCCACAUCAUGGACCUCUUGGAUCCAGCCGAGGUGACUGCUAUCCACCAGGAAAAUCGCACGAUGAACAUCUUCUCGUGUCGAGAAAGCGCCCCACUUGAACAUCUCUUCAACUGCUGCCGCGUAACGGAGACCAACCCAACGUUACCUGCCGCGCACAUCGAACGCCUGGAGUUUGUGGUUCCAGCGUUCAACAACUUGAUGAUGUCGGAGCCUGGCCUGCACUGGGAAGAAGGAGUGUACGGACUUCUCGCCUCUCAUCACUCGGCACGGACAUCUCAAGCACUAACAAAGAGUCUUCGAAGCACACAAGAGAGGUUGUCUUCGGCGAACGAGCGAGCGUUAGGAGCACUCGUGAUAGCUGGAGUGCUGAAUGAGGUCGAGGAUCCAGUCCACGCCAAGGACGUGACCAAGCUCUUCGCAGACACGUUUCAGGGACUGCACAUCAGUGGAUGCGUCGUGGGGAUCAGUGUUGGCCCUAUCGCGCUCCCUGGAGGUCUCCAGCCGCCUGCAGUGAUGAACAUCGCACAGGUGCAAGCUCACACAACAUGCGGGGCGAUUUUCUAUACGAAGGCGUGA